GGUCAAUUGGUUACUAUCGGACUUUGAUAUUGCUAUCUAACUAUCGGAUACAAUGUCUGCCAGCAUAGAUCAAGAAGAUGCUCUUGUAACGUCCACAGAUCCUCUGCAUCCCGCAAAUCUUAUAUCAGAGUUAUGUGCAUCCUUCUACAGAUUGGGAUGGGUGACCGGUACUGGCGGGGGUAUCUGUAUUCGCACUGACGAUAAGGUGUACAUCGCUCCCUCGGGCGUACAGAAGGAGCGCAUCGAGCCUUCGCAUAUAUUCGUCCUGCCUUAUCCCCAGGCAGAGCCGUCUCCACAUACAGAUAGGAUUUUCCUUCGUCGCCCCAAGUUAAACUUGAAAGAGUCUGCCUGCACCCCGCUUUUCUGGAAUGCUUUUACGGUCCGUAACGCUGGCUCGUGUAUACACACUCAUUCUCAGAACGCGGUGAUGGCAACACUGCUAUGGGAGAAAGAGAAGAUGUUCAAAAUUUCUCAUCAAGUGAAGAUGAUCAAGGGUGUCCGAAUUGGCGGAAAUGGCCCGACCCUUUCAUACCUUGACACCCUUGAGGUCCCGAUCAUCAACAAUACGCCUAACGAAGAAGAUCUAAAGGAUAGCAUGAAAGAGGCCAUGGAGCAGUAUCCCAGGGCCGCUGGUAUUCUCGUUUUGCGUCACGGUAUUUAUGUGUGGGGUGACGAUUGGCAGAAAGCGAAAACCCAGACAGAGUGCCUGGAUUACUUGUUGGAAAUAGGAGUCAAAAUGAAGUUAGCUGGUUUACCGACGGUGCUCAAUGAAUGAGCGCUGGAUGCUCAACCUGUGAUCUAUUUAGGGAAACGAAUGUUACAAUUAGCACCUCGCCACUGAUGCCAUCACGGACCUGAACCACGAGACUUCGGAAUAUGAGUGUAACAACCUCCCGUGACUAUAUCGUUCUACUAACGUGGUCGUGACGUGUUUCGGUUACUCACGUUCUUAUGCCCGUUUGCACGAACGU